GUCACGGUGGGACUCGUGUUACACGCGAUUUUGGAGUGCCUUCCAUUAAAUUAGGUUAGGUUAAGGUAGGUACCUUCUAAUUGAAUUAACUAUGGCUACAACUUCAAUGUAACUUUAAGCUUUAAGCUUUAAGCUGCUACAUAUCAACUUCCAACUUUUCCGCAGCGCAUAGUCGAUUCCAAGAGACUAGAGAAGCCAUGCCGCGUCUACUCUCUGCGGCAAUGGCUCUGCGCCGCGAUCCCCGGUUACUGAAGCUCCCCCCAUACUUGUCGCUCCUAUGUAUCGUCGUCGGCGUUGUAUGGCUACUCAUGUUACCUCUCGACGAAUACUCGCGCCGUACUUAUAUCAGCGAGAACGCCUUGUUACCUGGUCAGGUCCAUACCUACUUCGGCGGAAGCGACCAGAAUGUGUUCCGCGCUUACAAGCACGAGAUCAACGCCCUAGAGAAUAGCACCAAUGCCCAAGUCAACGAUGAGCUCGAGACUAUAUUUAAGGGCCUUGGCCUCAAGGUUGGGCGACAGAAUUACACGUAUCAUUCCUCAGGGAACACGUACGUUGGAGAGAACGUGUACGCUAUAUUACAGGCACCCCGUGGUGAUGCCACAGAAGCCAUAGUGCUUGUUGCUGCCUGGAAGAACGUCCAAGAGGAGUUCAACCGUAAUGGUCUCGCGCUGGCUUUGGCCCUGACACGAUACUUCAAGCGCUGGUCGCUAUGGUCCAAGGAUAUCAUCUUAGUGGUGCCGCCCGAUAGCCGGGCCGGCAUGCAGGCUUGGGUAGACGCAUACCACGACGCUCACGAUCCAUCCCAAGUGGCUCCAUUACCGAUCAAGUCUGGCGCACUACAGGGCGCCAUCGCGCUAGACUACGCCCAAGAAGGGCGCUUCGAUUCCAUCGCCAUCGCGUACGACGGCGUCAACGGGCAGCUGCCAAACCUGGACUUGAUCAACUCAGUCGUUAAUAUCGCGAGCGGGCAGAUGGGCAUGGGGAGCGCGCUACAAGGCAUAUUGAAGCACUCGCAGAAGUACGACGAUAAUCUAGCUACGGUGCUCCGAGGCAUGCUCAACCAGGCAUUGGGGCAUGCCACGGGGCCUCAUAGCAGUUUUAUCCCGUACCACGUCGAUGCGAUUACGCUGAGGCCGGUGGGCAAUGGCUGGCAUGACGAGAUGGGGCUCGGACGACUGGUCGAAGGAUUGUUCCGAAGUCUGAACAAUUUACUGGAGAAGUUGCAUCAGAGCUUCUUCUUUUACUUGCUUAUUCAUAAGCACCGCUUCGUCAGUAUCGGCACGUAUCUACCUAGUGCGAUGCUGGUCGCUGCGAAUUUUACUAUUAUGGCUAUUGCGCUGUGGGUUAAGAGCGGGUACAGAGAGGUUAAUGUGCCGAAGGAAGAGCAGGAGGAAAAGCCGGAGAUAGGAGAGGCUAAAGAGGGUGAAGGGGCAAAGGAGGUUGCGAAGCCGACUUCGGUACCGGUCGAGCGAGAAAUUCUCCUUCCGCUCACUCUCGUAGUCGGUUGCCAGUUCCUAGGCGUUAUUCCGCUAUUCGCCUUCAACCAGACGCCUUCUAGCCUCCUCACGCCAAUCUUCAUCCUCUUCACCAUCAUCAAUGCCUGUCUCCCACAUCUCGCCUCUUAUUUCUUAACAAACGGCAUCCGCAAACCGCCGACGGCCCAGCAGUACCUACUCAUCCGGUCGUUCUCCCUAUUACUACUAGGAAUGUUCCUCUCGUCCCUCGCAACUCUCAACUUCUCGCUCGCCUUCAUCAUCGGCGUCCUAUCCAGCCCGUUAUCAUUUUCUCGCACGUGGCCCUCUUCCUCUCCUUCCCCUUCCGCAUCUUCUUCUCCACCUACGAAUACGGGGAAGAGUGCAAAUGCAGCCGUGUUCAGAUACGCCCACUCAGCCCUCCUUCACGCCCUAGCUCCUCCCGUCGUCCUACUCGCAGGUGGCGCGUUGGCCGGUGCAAGUAUUCAAAGCGUUCUCGAGGGAGCGGCGUUCGGGUGGCAUGUCUGGGGUAUGUAUACACAGCUUGUCGUGUGGUGCGUCUGGUGGCCGGCGUGGCUGGUGGGCCAGAUUGUAGUACUCGGACAGCCGAAGGAGGCCGGGGGUAGGAGUACGGGAAACGAAAAGGAGAAGAAGAAAAAUGCUUGAUUUUAUUUGCGAGGGAUUGUUAGCUGCAUAGGGUGGCUUUGCUUUGCUGUGAUUAUUGAGCUGGCAUACCGUGUCCGGAUUUGACAUGUCCCCUAUUGAGAUAGGUACCUAUCUACCUGAGAAUAUUGUAUUCAGAGUCGGGCGGAAUUCAGCAAGGUGUUACGAUACCAGAGGUUUUGGAACAGGUAUUGCUAGAAGAAAAAAAAUAGACAGCUACUUAUAGCGACAUCAUAGCUAUUGUAUUUCAAAUAGUGCGGUUCCUUAUUA